CAAAAGGGUCAAUGAUCUCUGCCUGCCUUUGUCUUCAUGCAUGCUCCUUCUUCCCUCUUUCCUAUCUGCCUCUAUAAAUAUAUGUUCCCCUCUUGACACUCUUUUUUGAGACUCCCUCUCCUUGUCUACCAAAAUCCCAAACAAACAGAGAAGAAAAAGAAAUUUGUAUUUGCGGGUUUACAGCUAUGGAGGUGUUGAUUCCAGCUUCUACCAUGGAUUUCAACAAUCCAACUACGCCCAAACGUUUUGGUGACUACUACUUCAGUGCUCCGAGCAGCCCAUCACGCAUCCCCGGGCUUUACCGAGAUUGCAACGAGUAUGAUCGCCGUGAAAGCAGCGAAGCGAGUGCCAUCAGGGAGGAGGAGGAGGGGGAUGGUUUCGCGUUUGAUUUCAGUGAAGAGUUGGAGAGGAGCUCUCUCUCCGCCGAUGAGCUCUUCGAUGGUGGGAAAAUCCGGCCUUUGAAGCCCCCAACUCGGCUACAAUUCGGCUGGAAUGUGGACCCGUACACAGCGCCAAAUAGCCCACCUUUGUCUCCCAAUUCGGGCAGAUCUCACGGGAUGAAGACGAUUCUGGGUGCCCUUUCGCCGAGAGGAAAGAAAAAUUCCGACCGGCCGGAGAUGGUUGCUGAUAACAGUACUCGAAAGAUAACACAGCAGCAGAGAGGAAGAGAAAGAAAUACUGACUUACCAUCUUCCGAUUCAGGGCGAAGAGCGACAAGGUCACUCUCUCCUUACAGGGUCUCCGAGUUUCCAUGGGAAGAAGAUCAAGAAGAAGAAGAAAAGACUCGGAAUGACAUAAAACAAUCGUCUCUGAAUCCGAAGGCUUCGCUUUCGUCGUCGUCAUCUUCUUCGAAGAGUUCUAAGAAAUGGAGACUGAGGGACUUUUUGCUGUUUCGGAGCGCAUCGGAAGGACGAGCAAGAGACAAGGAUCCUUUCCUGAAGUUCUCAGCUUUGUACAAAAGGCACGAAGAUGUAAAGAACUCGAGCUUCCGCUCCACGGCCAGUUCUGGUUCAGUCUCCAGAUCAUCGAGAAGAGGGCCACCAGUUUCGCCUCAUGAGCUGCAUUACACUGUGAACAGAGCCAUGUCGGAAGAUUUGAAGAAGAAAACUUUCUUGCCAUACAAACAGGGGAUCCUGGGUCUCUUGCACUUUCGUAAAUGAUGAAUCUACAUAGAUUUUUCCAGAGGUUUUUUCUAUUUCUGUUGUAAAAAUUAGGUGCGUAAGAUAAAACCGGAAAAUCGGUUGACCUGAUCGGAUCAGACCGAAUUUGUGGGUUCAGUUCGAUUUGUAAUUGGUUCGGUGCAGUAAACUGAACAUAUAUAUUUUUUAU